AUGAGCCGGGAGGGCUGGAAUUCCCAGGCUGCUCUGGAAGAGCUCCGGGAGUUUUCCAGCGCCGCUGGGAGCGGGAGAUGCCCGGCGAGGGCUGGGAAUUGAAUUUUUUUUCCUGCUUUUUUUCCACUUCCUCGCCGCUGGAUCCGAUCCCGGCCGCGUUUGGCCGCGCUUGUUUCCGGGUUUAUUUGGGAACCUUUUUUUUUUUUUUUUUCCUCGGACGAGGCAGGAUUCAUUCUGUCCCAAAACCUGGGAAUUGCCGGGUCGUGGGAUCAUCGCGGUGCCUCUGGAAAAGCCGCGCCCGCCCGGCCGGGAAUUCCAUGUGGGCAGUGUUUGUAUCCAGCUGAGUAAUCCCGGGAUUUGGAGGCAGCGCUGGAAAAACGCCGCGUCCCGAGCAGCGCCAGUGGAGACAGCGCCGCUGACGCCAGGGUCGGGACUGUCCAGGAGCAGCGCCAUUCCCGUGGGAUGUGGCCAGGAGGGCUUUGAGGCGCCAUCCCAUGGGAAGCUGAGCUGGAAAAGCCCCGGGAUCCGGAGCCACGACCAUGCUGAGCCCCAAACCCCGGCUGCUCCGCGCCCACCAAGUGCCCGAGAGCUACCGGGAGCUGGGAAUUCUCUCCGGGUACCGCCCGCCCCGGAGCUCGGCCUCCGAGUGCCUGCUCAGCCUCUUCGGGAUGAACAACGAGACCCUCAACAUCUGGACACACCUGGUGCCCGCCGGGUAUUUCCUCUGGCUGCUCCUGGCUCGGCUCCGGGAUUUGGGGGCGGAUGCGGGGGCGGGGCCGUUCCUGGCCUACCUGGGCACGUGCGCGCUGUACCCGCUGGCCUCGAGCGCCGCCCACACCUUCGGGGCCAUGGGCGGGCGCGGGCGGCACCGCGCCUACUGCUGCGACUACGCCGCGCUCAGCCUCUACAGCCUGGGCUCGGCGCUGGCGUAUUCCGCCUACGCCUUCCCGCCGGAAUGGCUCGGGAGCACAUUCCACGGUUUCUACGUCCCCGUGGCCGUGUUCAACUCCGUGCUCAGCACUGGCCUGUCCUGCUAUUCCAGGUUUCUGGAGGCAGAGCGGCCCUGCCUGAGCAAAGCUUCCCGAACUUUGGCCUUCGUGUAUCCCUACAUUUUUGACAGCAUCCCAGUUUUUUACAGGGUGACAUUCUGGGGGUGUGGAACCCACUUGGCCCAUCCGAACCCCCACGGAACUCCCGUGGAAUUUCCGUGGAAUUUCCGUGGAAUUUCCGUGGAAUUCUCGGCGUUUUCCGUCGCAGGGCACAGCCACCAGGUUUUCCACGUCUGCGGGAUUUUGGGAACGCUCUUCCAGCUGGAAGCCGUCUCCAGGGACAUGGAGGAGCGGCGGGGCCGCUUCCCACUUCCCUCUUCCCUGGAAACCUUCGGAUCCCUGGGCGUGGGGGCGGCCGCCAGCCUGGCCAUCCUCGGGAUCUGCUUCCGCAGCCUCCGCCCGCAGCCUCUGCCCAGGGAAAAAUCCCACUAGAGUCAGGGGUUGCCUGGGAUUCUUUUUUCAUUCCAGAGGCGUGGAUGAGGGGGAGUUUGAUCUCCUGGAAAUAUUUCUUCGGGAAUUUCCCCCAGGGGAAAACCGCACUGUGUUUUAUCCACGGGUGGGCUGGGAAACGCUUCCCGUCCCGUUGUUAUCCGCAGGGAAAGCGUCAAAAAAAAAUCGGGAUUUGAUCCCUGAAAAAGGGAGGGAAGUGCUGCUGCUUCCCAAAGAAUCCAGCAUCCCUCAGGUCUGCCUUGGGGAGAAAUCCAGGGAAUGUUGGCAUCCUGCUGAAGCCAAGCACUCCCAAAUUCCCAUUUUCCCCUUGGAGGUGGAGUUCCUUUGGAAUUUCAAGCCUCACACUCAGCCCAAGCGCCUGGAAAUGUGGGAUGGAGGGAUGGGAGUUUUAAUUCCCGCUGUUUUUCCUCGUUAUCCGGGAAAAGGGAUUCCAGGAGAGCUCCGACGGGAUGUUCCCGCAGGAAAGCUCUUCCAGGGUCUGGUUCUGGGAAAUCCUGAGAAGUUCGUUCCCACGGGAAUCCCGCGUGGGGGGUGGAAUGAAGGAAUUCCAUCCUGUUCCAGGCAUUCCUGGGAUGGAUCCUGGGGCUGGGGGAGCUCCACGCCCCAACCUCCCAGGAUUAGAAACACCCUGGAGUUUUAAAGAAUUCCCAGGAUUUUCCCUGCGUUGUUCCUUGUUUUCCUUCCCUGCUGCUCCUGGGUUUUGCAGGAAGAGCCUGGAACUCUCAGCUUUUUCCAGUAUCCAGGUUUUCCUCUUGGAUUUUCCUGCCACUUGAUUCUUUGGGAAUUUUCUCCUGGAUGAUUCCACUGGUCUUCCAUUAAUUUCCUUUAAUUGCUUUUUUGCUGCACUUUGGGAGCUCCUGGAAUUUCGGUUAACACAAUAAAAUCUGGGAUGAACGGGUUAAAUACGGGAUAAAUCAAUUCUUGGGAAAGCUGGCUGGGAUUUUCGGGAUAUUUAUAAGCACUGGAAUUGUUUUUCCUACAGUUUUAUUAAAUUAACAUAAAUCACUGGUUUUAAUCUGCUCAAUAAUAAAAAUAUU